CAUCAUGGCGGCUUACACAAUCCCUACAGCUGCCAGGUGCUCCAGUUUUAUUUUAAGAAAACGAGCUCUGUCCGUUUACAUUCUAUCAAGUGGUUACUUUGGAAAAGAUUACAGCUGUUGGAGGACUCUCAGUUCCUCAGCAUCACUCGGCUCCUCGGACUCUCCAUCAGCAGCAGAUAUCCGUGUCUCCGGUGACAUCGUGGAUCACUUCGAUCACCUUGUUCAGCGUGGCUCCAUGAGGGGAGAUGCCCAGCAGCGAUAUGUCCUCCAGCGGCUGGCUCACCUGCAGAAAACUCUAAAGUCUUACAGUAACAGCGUGUACCUGAACGCACCAACAACCCAGUCUGAAGGCAACAGCUGUCAGACUCAAAAUGAUGACAGGAUACGAACAACCAUGGAGGAAUCGAUUCCACCAGCACCUAAAGGUCUCUACAUAUAUGGAGAUGUUGGCACAGGGAAGACCAUGCUCAUGGAUUUAUUUUACUCCCAUGUAGAAAAUAGCUAUAAAAAGAGAGUCCACUUCAAUAGCUUCAUGUUGGACAUCCAUAAAAGGAUCCACCGGAGGAAACAAAGCCUGCCAAAACGGAGGCUAGGGAAAAUGUUCACCUAYGACCCCAUAUCGCCGGUUGCCAUGGAGAUCAGUGGGACGAUUUGCCUCCUGUGUUUUGAUGAGUUUCAGGUGACUGACGUUGCAGACGCCAUGAUCCUGAAGCAGCUGUUUGAGACGCUGUUCCGAACCGGAGUGGUGGUGGUGGCCACCUCCAACAGGCCCCCUGAAGAUCUGUACAAAAAUGGACUUCAGAGGGACACCUUCCUACCUUUCAUCGACGUGCUAAAGGUGCGUUCACAGGAUCACUGCCACACUGUCUGUCUGGACUCAAGGAUCGACUACAGGAGGCUGGUCAAACCUGCAGCUGGGAAACUCUACUACCUCACCGGGGAGCUCGGCGCAGAAGCCUGCUUGGACACGCUGUUUGAGGAGUUGGCAUUAAGACAGAGAAGUGUUGCGAGUCGUCGGGUGCUCAGUGUUCUGGGCAGAGAUGUUACGUUGGAAAAGACCUGUGGCUCCAUCGCUGACUGUACCUUCGAUGAAUUGUGUGGCAGACCUCUGGGAGCCGGUGAUUACCUGGAGUUGGCUCGGGCCUUCGACACUGUAUUCAUCCGCCACGUUCCCUUGCUGACGCUGAGCCUAAAGGACCAGGCCAGACGCUUCAUCACCCUCAUCGACAUCUUCUACGACAACAAGGUGAGAGUCGUGCUGCAGGCGGAGGCUCCGUUAGACCGACUCUUCGUGCACACCGGAGGAGAGGACGAGAGAGAUCGACAGCUGCUGGAUGACCUGGGCCUCGACGGGGAGGCAGCGGAGAGACUCGCUUUGUUCACAGUGGAGGAGGAGAUCUUUGCCUUCCAGAGGACCGUCUCCAGGCUGAGGGAGAUGCAGUCUGAGUCCUACUGGGUGAAGGGAGAUCGCAGCUCCAGCAGGAGACACAUGGACAUGUAGUWUACAACACUUUAACCUGCAUUAAACAGAAUCUGACUGCCACUGUAUUCUACAGUUCUUCUGAUACCAUGAUUAUAUGAGCUUGGAAGUUUUC